AUGAAACACAGAGCCACUACCAUCCUCAAGGUUUCAGCCAGAUCAAGAAGCAACAAGAUGGGAAGUAUUAGGGAAUUGUACGAGAAAAGCGGACAAUCGGCAUUGUUCGAGCAUUGGGACCGUUUGAGUGACGCACAGAAACGUGAAUUCGAAAGGAAUCUGGAAGCAACCGCGGCCAAGAAUGCGCCCGAGAAGCUGGUAGGAGACUGUAAAAGAGCCAUUGAACUAAGCUCGGGAGACUCGGAUGAUGUAGGAGCUAUCAAGCCAUUGCCUAGUGGGUCCUAUGAAUCCACUUUAGGAGAGCCGGCCGUGGAACAAGAAUACAGAGAUCUGGGACUUCGAGAACUCGCUGAAGGUCGUGUUGCUGUUAUACUAAUGGCUGGUGGCCAAGGAACCAGGUUGGGCUCUUCGCAGCCUAAAGGCUGCUACGAUAUACAGCUACCUUCCGCGAAAUCACUUUUUCAAAUUCAAGCCGAAAAACUGUUACGUUUGCAAGAAUUAGUCAAAACUCCAGCUCCCAUUCCAUGGUAUAUUAUGACCUCCAAGCCUACACGUCAAUCUACUGAGCAGUUUUUCCAGGACCAUGAGUAUUUUGGGCUUUCCAAGCAUCAAAUUACGUUCUUUAACCAAGGAACGCUACCUGCAUUUGACCUGAAAGGUGAAAAUCUGUUACUAAAUUCCCCAACGGAACUAGUUGAGUCUCCAGACGGUAAUGGGGGUCUAUAUCGUGCUAUCAAAGACAAUGGGAUUCUGGAAGACAUGGUGGCUAAAAACAUAAGGCACAUUCACAUGUAUUGUGUUGAUAAUGUACUGGUGAAACUUGCAGAUCCCGUUUUCAUAGGUUUUGCACUAAAAAACAAGUUCGAAUUAGCUACGAAAGCUGUUCGUAAAAGAGACGCCUCAGAAUCUGUGGGCUUGAUUGCAAGCAAACAUGGAGCACCAUGUGUAGUUGAGUACUCUGAGAUCUCAAAAGAAAUGGCUGAAGCUACCGACAAAGAGGGCCUUUUAAAGUUCAGAGCUGCCAAUAUUGUCAAUCAUUAUUACUCCGUUAAUCUACUGCAACGUGAAUUGGAAGCAUGGUGUGAGUCUAUGCCUUAUCACAUCGCUAAGAAAAAGAUCCCCGUCUAUAACAAUAAGACCGAAUCUUACUUGAAGCCCACAGAACCUAAUGGGAUCAAAUUGGAGCAGUUCAUAUUUGACGUUUUUCCUAAGGUCGCAAUGGACAAGUUCGGCUGCCUAGAAGUUGAUAGGUCGAGCGAAUUCUCUCCAUUGAAAAAUGCACCAGGUACUGCAAACGAUAACCCAGAAACGAGUCGUGCAGCCUACUUGAAUUUGGGUACCUCAUGGUUGGAACAUGCGGGUGCCAAGGUCGCAUCCGGUGUACUUAUUGAAGUUCCAGGAAAAAUAAGUUACGGUGGUGAACAUUUGGAGAGCUAUAAAGGUCAAAGUUUCAACGAGAAUCUGACCAUUUUGCAUUAA